GGUCGCGCCGUAGGGGGGUGGAGGCGGAAGUGGCGGCGCCGGCCCCGGGAGUAGGAAGGAGCCGGGGCUGCAGCCGGAGUGGAGUGGCUGCCAGCCGAGGAGCAGGCGCGGCCGCGGCGCCAUAUUGCGGCCCCAAGCGGCCGCGACCGAGUCAUGGCCGAGACCUACGACUUCCUCUUCAAAUUCCUGGUGAUUGGCAGUGCAGGAACUGGCAAAUCAUGUCUCCUUCAUCAGUUCAUUGAGAAUAAGUUCAAACAGGACUCCAACCACACAAUCGGCGUGGAGUUUGGAUCUCGGGUGGUCAACGUGGGUGGGAAGACUGUGAAGCUCCAGAUUUGGGACACAGCUGGCCAGGAGCGGUUUCGGUCGGUGACACGGAGUUACUACCGAGGGGCGGCUGGAGCCCUGCUGGUGUAUGACAUCACCAGCCGGGAGACGUACAACUCACUGGCUGCCUGGCUGACGGACGCCCGCACACUGGCUAGCCCCAACAUCGUGGUCAUCCUCUGUGGCAACAAGAAAGACCUGGACCCUGAGCGUGAGGUCACCUUCCUGGAGGCCUCCCGCUUUGCCCAGGAGAAUGAGCUGAUGUUCCUGGAGACUAGCGCCCUCACGGGUGAGAACGUGGAAGAGGCUUUCCUGAAGUGUGCCCGCACCAUCCUGAACAAGAUCGACUCAGGCGAGCUCGACCCUGAGAGGAUGGGCUCAGGCAUUCAGUACGGGGACGCCUCCCUCCGCCAGCUGCGGCAGCCUCGGAGCGCCCAGGCCGUGGCCCCUCAGCCCUGUGGCUGCUGAGACGUGUGUGCAGAGCCAGAACCACCCGUGGCUCCCAGGGUCCAUGGGACAGAGCCGAAGCUCCUAGCCUGGUGUUUGCCCUUGCUAACCUCACCUGCCUCAACUCACACCUCUCCCCACCACUCAGGCCGCUGCAGGCACCCUGGAGUUCUUCCCAUUUCUCUGGGUCUUUGUUCAUGCUGUUCCCUCUGCCAGGAACACUGUUCCUUCCCUCUCUUCCCUCCUCCCUCUCCUCCAGGAGGCCUUGCUUCCCCUAUGCUUGGUCCACACUCCUUGCUGGGCUUGCAAGGUCCUACAGGAUGAGGUCCCAUCCCCACCUCUUUGAGAGCGUGUAUGUCUUGCCAAUUCUCCCCUGUGCUUCACGCCCCUGCCCCCCUCCCCUGCUUCUAGCCAUUGGCGGCUCCAGGGUGGCUGUGGGGAAAAGUGCUCAGACCUUGGAUAUACUUUGAAGGCAGAGCCAACAUGAUUUCCUGAUGAAUGGAUAUGGCAUUUGAGAGAGAGGAGUCAAGGGUGAGUGUUUUGGGCAGCCCUGUUUCCUUCAUGCCUCUGCAUCUGCCGUGCCUCAGUGGACGUGCCUGUCCUCCAACCUCCUUUCUUCUGCCAACUGCCCCUCAUUAUCUGAUCUUUGCCAAAAUGAUUCUUCCUGCAGGAUACCUUUAUUAGCUUCCCACAUGGGGUCCCUAACUCUAGCCGGGUGGUUUCACAGCUGCCCCCUACUUUUUAAAGCAUUCAGCUCUGAACCCUUGAUCAGUGCUGCGUUUGUCUUCCCCAUCUGAGAAGGGAAGGAGGUGACAGGUCAGAGAUUCCAGAGCUGGGCUGCCUGGGUUUCAACUCUGAUUCUGUCAUUUCCUAUCUGCGUGACUCUGGGCAAAUUAUUUAACCACUCUGGGUUCUUGGUUUCCUCACCUGUAAAAUAAUAGUACCUACCUCCUCUGGGUGUUGAGAAGAUUAAUUACAUCAAUACAUGUAAAGUCCUUAGCACAGGGCCUGACACUUAGUAAAGACUUGAUAAAUGAGGGCUGUUUGUUAUUUUUCUUUUGACUAUCCAUUUUAAAGAGUCUGGGCUGUGUAGAAAUGGAUGGGUAUGUAUUCGUCACCUGAGGGCUUUAGUAUAGCAUCCAUUUCAGAGUUUGCCCUCAGUGAAUCAAAUGGAGUAAGACAGCGCUUUUUCAAACGUUGUUGACUGCACUCUGCAGGAGAAAAUACAUUUUAUAUGUCUCAAUCUGAUACAGUUACACACACAUAAAGCUGAAACAUAUUUUCCUAGCACUAAUAUUAUGUUUUUGUUGUUGUUUUUUUUAUUGAGGUGAAAUUCACAUGGCGUACAUUAGCCAUGAAAAUGUUCCAAAACAUUUUCGUUGCCCUAAGGAAACCCCAUACUCAUUAAGCAGUCACUCCCCAUUCCCCCCCCCCACCCCCCCAGCCUCUGCCACCCACCAUUCUGCUUGCUGUCCCUAUGGACCAAUACUCUUUUUAAUUUAAUUUAGUUUUAUUUUAUUUUAUUUAU